AUGCCCUUCCUACGCGGGGCUCGUCCAUCUCAAGCCGGGCAGGCGUCUGGCCGUCACACUGGCCACCCGGCACACGUGAUGACCCUCAUCGAAGACCCCGUCGCGUCUCUGUCAAACGCAUUUGUGGAGGAGACCAUGAUGUCUGAUGCCAGUGAGAUGUUGGCCGCUGCCCUGGAGCAAAUGGAUGGCAUCAUAGCAGGCUCCAAGGCCAUAGAUUAUUCCAACGGCCUGUUUGAUUGCCAAUCGCCCACGACUCCGUUCCUGGGAGGCCUCCGGGUGCUGCACCUCCUGGAGGACUUGCGGGGCGCGCUGGAGCUCAUGGACAAUGAGGAACGAGACAACCUGCGUUGCCAGAUCCCAGACUCUACCGCAGAGGGGCUGGCUGAUUGGCUGCACGGCACUAUGAGCAAUGGCCACAGCUCCGAGGCAGCGCACCAGGAGCGUCUGUCACGUCUGGAGAGUGACAAAGAGUGCCUCAUUCUGCAGGUGAGCGUUUUAACAGACCAAGUUGAAGUACAAGGAGAAAAGAUUCGAGAUUUGGAUUCUUGCCUCGAACAACACCGUGUGAAGUUAAAUGCAACUGAGGAGCGGCUGCAGAAGGAACUUUUGAACAGGUCGGCGUUGGAGACUCAGAAGCUGGAGCUGUUGACAGAGGUGUCCAGUCUGAAGCUGAAGCUGUCUUCGUUGGAGCGCGAUCAGAGAGACACCCAGGACUUGUUCCAGGAAGUAUCCGACCUACGAUUCAAGAUGACGGAGACGGAGAAUGAAAGACUUCUGUGUGAGAAGAAACUCAGAGAUACACAAGAUGAAGUGCUGAUGCUUCAGAGCCAUUUGGACGAGCAGGAGUCGGAGCUGACGAGACUGAAGGACGAAGGGCGGCUGAGAGCAGACAGCUGCAGCAGAGUGGAGGGAGGAGAGAGGGAUACAGAAAGGUUGAAAAUGAAGAGAAUUCUGGAGUCACUGACAUCAGCCAAUGACGAGAAGGAGCAAAGAAUAAAGCAGCUGGAGCUAUCCCUUACAAAGUGCAAGAAUGUUGGGGAGGCCGCUCACGAGCGGUUCAGGGAGGAUGACUAUGCCGAUAUCCAGGAUGACCCCUCGUACCCAGGAUCCAUGGUGGAGGCGGGGCGGGUCACGGAGGCCGAAGCAGGAAGGACCGCUGGGGAGUCUGGUCCUUGUAUAGUGAAUGAAUUCGAUGGGGAGCGACAAUUAAAGGCAUCACAAAGUUGUUUUGAAGGCCCAGGGAGCGCAGUAGAGGAAAGCCAAAAUCUGAAGGUUUUAAAUCAAUCUACAAAAACAAGUCCUAGCACGGAGAAGUUUGGGAGUAAGAGAGUGCGUGCAUCUUUUGGGAGAGGAUUCUUCAAGCUGCGAGGGGGAAAACAUGGAGAUAGCGCUACAACUCUCGAACGUAAAGGAACAGAACAUCUGGACUUGGCAGGGGUUAGCUGUCAAAAACCUCCGUCACCAACGUCACCAGAAACCAAAAAGAAGUCAAAGGGUUUGAUGAAGCUCUUUGGCCGACUAAAGAGAAGUCACUCUACAUCGUUUAACCUGGACGACGCAGAGAUGGAGUUCAGACGGGGAGGAGUCAGAGCAACAGCUGGACCUCGACUCGAAUGGUCCCGUGAACCAAAACACCAAGCUGUAAAUGCCCCGUUCUCACAGUGGAGUAAAGAGGAGGUGUGUGCGUGGCUGCAUGAACAAGGCCUGGGACUUUACACCAACCAAGGCCAGAACUGGAUCAAGUCUGGACAAACACUUCUGCACGCUUCACAACAUGAUCUGGAAAAGGAGAUGGGCAUUAGGCAGCCACUCCACAGGAAGAAGCUGCAGUUGGCUCUACAGGCUCUCGCAUCAGAGGACGACCUUCAGGGGAGACUGGACCACCACUGGGUCAACAGGUGGCUGGAUGACAUCGGCCUCCCACAGUACAAAAGCAACUUUGACGAGGCUCGUGUUGACGGCCGUAUGCUGGACUGCAUGACUGUGGAAGACCUCUUGUCUCUGAAAGUCGGCAGUGUUCUUCAUCACCUCAGCGUUAAAAGAGCCAUUCAAGUCCUUCGACUCAACUCGUAUGACCCCAGCUGCCUCCGACGCAGACCGUCUGAUGAGAAUAAUAUCACACCAGCAGAAAUUGCUCAGUGGACCAAUCACAGAGUGAUGGAGUGGCUCAGGUCUGUGGAUCUGGCAGAGUAUGCCCCAAACCUGAGGGGCAGCGGGGUACAUGGUGGGCUGAUGGUGUUGGAGCCUCGCUUCAAUAUAGAAUCUCUGGCACUUCUGCUUAAUAUUCCUCCAAAUAAAACCCUGCUGAGGCGCCACCUGGCAACGCAUUUCCACCUGCUCAUCGGCUCAGAAGCACAGCGCCUCAAACAGGACUGCCUGGAAAACCCAGACUACACUGUGCUGACUGCCACCGCCAAGGUCAAGCCCAGGCGCUUAUCAUUUGGCAGCUUUGGAUCAUUGCGAAGGAAACGGCAGGAUGAUAGCGAUGAGUUUGUCUGCCCCAUGAAUGUGGAAAUGCCCCACAGCAGCAGCUUCCAGAGGGGGGCUCAGGCGUAUAAGGACCUUGAUCACCUUGAACAGAUGGAGGACUCAGAGGGGGCUGUAAGACAGAUCGGAGCGUUUUCAGAAGAGAUAAACAAUUUGACUAGCAUGUUGAAGGAGGAAGAGUAUUUCCAGGAGAUGACAGAGACAGAAAACUAA